CUUCGUCAUUCAUGUUUUCGUUUGCAAAGAAAUUGGUAGACAGAUUUGAAGGGACGGGCUCUGCUGAAAACAGUGGACCCGAUUCGUAUUUCAAAAAUGCAUUACAAUUGAAUAACAAAGGACAUGGAUUGAGAGUAUUAAAUGUGGUACCACACUCCUUAGCACAUACCAAUGGCUUUGAAUCCUGGUUCGACUACAUUAUCAAAAUCAAUGGUCACGAGCUCCCCAUGGCAAACCCCUCGUUGUCGGCAUAUCCUUACAGCAUUCAUGAAGGAGGAUACAUAGUGUAUCAGGGGAACAUUACUCCUGAACAAGCAAGUGCAGUCGACACUGAAUUGUUGCGUCAGGAAAUUAGUACUCUUGCUAAGAAUGAGAAGCCUUUGACCUUUGAUGUUUGGAACGCCAAGGGUGGUGUGGUAAGACAGAUCACGGUUCCUUUGAAUAAGGUCCAGCUGGAGAAUCAAGCGAGUCAAGACGUGCAAGAAGAUGCACUCAACUUAUUUGAAAACAUAUUUACUCAAAUCGGGUUGACUAUACAAUCCAGUCAUCUUAGCUCUGCUAACCAUGUAUGGAGGAUCUUGAAGACACAUCCAGGGUCUCCGGGAUUUGUAUCCCAAUUGGUCCCUUACUCAGAUUACAUCAUAGGUUGUGAUUCCGCCUUUCCAGAAGAUGUAGAAGGUAAGGGUCUUUUGGUUUCUGGAGGAGAGUCUCUCUUGUCAAAGGUGGUUGCAAGCUACUACUACCACCAUUUUGAAAUCACCCAAGUCGACGAAAUACCUAUCACCUUAUAUGUGUACAAUCAUGACUAUGAUAUUCUUAGGCCUGUCACCGUCAAUCUCUCCAAAUCAUGGGGCAACGGUCACAAUCGAGGUGUGCUAGGAUGUGAUGUGGGCUACGGAUUAUUACACAGGUUACCUGAAGUGGUGGGUAAGUUCCAGAACAACAGCAUAGUGGACGACGUGAUCUUUGAGAGCGAAGCUCAAAAUGCUGAAGCACGGCCAGCUCAGGGCUACACUGCGCCUCCUCCACCUCCACUGGGUGCUGUAAUUGCCCCAAUGGCUGUACCACGUCCGCCUGUUGCUCAACCACCUGCUGGAGGAGCGCCUCCGCGCAGUUCUGCCACCAAGAAAAAGAAGCAUAUUGCCAAUACAAAUGCAUUAGGGGGAUUGAGCGACUAUAUGAAUGAAGAGUUAGCAAAGUCCAAGGAAUUGGACUCACAAAAUAACAGAGGAAGUAGUGAGUCGUUGCCUCCACCUCCUCCACCAACUAAGUCUAGUUAAUAGUAAUGACAUGAGAACUUAUACAAUAUGAAAUUCACCUAUAGUACAUACCAACCCAAUGCUUUUA